AUGUAAAAUGAGAGAUAUUUAAUAGAAAUUCCUUUAUUAAAAAAUGAUAGAGAAUCAGAUCAGAGAGAUUAAAUGAUAGAAAUGCAAGUUUUUAAAAGUUUGCAUGAGAAUGAGUUUGAGAAGCAUUAAAAAAAAGAUGAAAUAUUAGAGAUUGAAUCGAAUAAAUUAUAAUAGAUAUUGGAGGCAAAAAGCUAAUGGAAGACACUUUUAAAAGGAUGGAAAAAAGAAGAGAAUAAGUAAUAGCAAAAUGAUGAUCAUUAUUUUGGAUUUUAAUAUAAUAAAUUAUUAGAAAUCUUUGAUUUAAAUUAAAUAUUGAAAGAAGCUUAAAGUAACUUAAUGAAAUAUGAUCAAGAGAAGGAUUUUAAAGAGAAGAGAUUGAAAAUUUAGAUUGAAAAAUUAAAUGAAUUAGGAGGUAUAUAUGGUCUAUAGAAUUUUUUGAAGACUUGUAUUAAAUAAGGUUUAGAUGAUACAAAUGAUUAUGAUUUGAAAAUGAGAGAAAAAUAUUUUGGGAAGAAUGAGAAACCUUAAAUAGCUAUAAAAAGUGUACUUUAGAUAAUAAUUGAAUAAUUUCAAAAAGAAAGACUAUUUUAAUUGUUAUUGAUAAUAACAACAAUUAAUAUAAUAAUUAAUUUUCAUGAGAAUAUAUAGGUAUACUUGAUGUACAUAGUAAUGUUAAUAAUAAUGGUAGUGUAUAAGGGUGUGAUAAAAUAGUCAUAUAAUAAGGAGAUAGUGUAACAUUAAAAUGAUAUAAAGGAGAGGAGUAAACAUUUGAUAAAGAGAUGUAAUGUAUUAAGAAAUGGAGAUGAUUCAAUAUAGAUUCAUAAUAGUUAAUUGGUGGUUGGAGACAUAUUGAUAUUUAAACAAGGAGAUUUCAUUUAAUGUGACGGUAUAAUAUCAAAAUUAUAAAAUUGCAAUGGAAUAGAAGUGUUGCAACCAUUUCCGAAUCUUUUUAAUACUCAUGAGGUUAAGAGUAUAGAUGAAGUGAAGGAUUAACAUAUUUAAAUGGAUGAGUAGAUUUAAUCAAAUUUAAGUUUAAUAGACAAUUUCAUAUUUGCUGGUUCAUAGAUUAUAAAGGGAUCUGGUUAAUUGUUGGUUUGUAGUGUGGGAUAGUAAUCAUCUGAUUAUAUUUAAUAUAAGUAAUCAUUUUUGGAGGAUACUAAAACAGAAAAAUAGAGAACAACUUAUUUGAAAUAGAAUUCAAUGUAUAAUCCUUUUGCUUUUAAGAUUGAAUCAUUCAUGAAUAAGAUUGGAAUAUAAUGUAUAAUAUGUUUACUUAUAUUAUUGGUGAUCUUACUUAUUAGAAAUAAGGAAUUAAUUAAUAUAACUUAAAUAUUAUUGUAUUUAUCUUAAUUGUCUAUAAUAACGAUACCUACUUAAUUACUUUAAUUGAUAAAUUUAUUUAUGAUUUAUGUUAUAAAAAAGUGUAGAUAAAGAAGUAUUUACAUAUAGGAUUAUUUAUCUUUAUAUUGGUUAGGGUAAGUUAAUGAAAUGAUUAUUGAUAAAAUAGAUAACAAAGUUACUAUGUUUAGUAAAUCAUAAAUAAAUAUUAGAUAUUUUACUCAUUUAUAAUUAGAAGAUGCAUUUAAUGUAGCAAUUUAAACAGAUCUUGUAAAGGAAGAUGAAGUUAAUGAUAGAUAUAUUGAAGGAAGUUAAUUAAGUAGUAGUUUUGAAUAGAAAAACAAAUUUAUAUUUUUGAGUAGAAGAUUAGCAUGUCCAACUUUAGAUCACUUAAAAUUAGAGAAGAUUUAAUCAAGUAAAACUUUAGAAUUACUAGAAUAGUAAUAAUAGAAAUUCUAAUUUUAAGGAAUUAUUGAUUAAUAAAAGCUUUAUGAAGAAAUUAAAAAUAAAAAUAUAAUAAUUGGUGGAAAUUCUGAAAGAAAAGAAUAAUUAAUAAAUUUACUUAAACUUUAUGAUAAAAUAAUAUUUAUGAAAGGAGAAGAAAAUGAUGGAAAAGCUAUGGAAAUGGCACAUGUUAGUAUAGGACCUCAUGAAUCUAGAUCAUGUAUAAAAUUAUUCAAUCAUCUUGAAUAAACAGAUUAUAGUUACAUUUCUUCUAUGUAUGAAUGUAUAAGUUAAGGAAGGGCAGUUUAUUUUUAUAUUUUAUCUUACUCUUAUGCUUUAGCUUGUACAUCAUAAACUAUUAUGAUUUUUGCAAUAUUCUCUGCCAUUUUAUCGGAUGAUAUUUUCAUUAUGCCAAUUCCAACUUUUAUACUCUUUUAUCUCACUCUUAAUCAUUUUUCGUAUUAGGUUUAAAAAUAAUGUAAUGAAGAUGUCUAAACUUAUGUUAUGCAUAAAGGACCUUAUACUAAAUAAGGGAGAAUCCUUGAUAGACAUACUACCAGAAAAUUAUAUAAAUUACAUUCCAUCUUAAUCAUUGAACUCCUUAUUGCUUAUUAUUAUGGAUAUUUUCAAUCUGUUUAGGAUAUCUAUAUUGGAUUAUUAUUUACCAAACAUGUUUUUAUUAUGGUUAAACCUAUUAAAUAAGUUUUAUAAUAAAUUGAAGGUAUUAUUUAUGGAUUGAUCAUUAAUUUAAUCAAUUAAUUCAUUACACAGACAAAUUAAGAUUAUCAUAGUAUCUCAAUACUCUUGAGAAACUAUUCUAUUGGUCUUAUAGUAGUAGCAUUUAAUUUAUUUGUUGGAUAUAAAUGA